AUGGCAUCAACAUCAUCAUCUGACGAUGUUGCUGUCCACAAUACAGUGGUCUCACCCGAGAUGGAGACUAACUCCGAUACCACCACUGAUGAUGAUGGUGGCAGGAGGAGGAAUAGAGAUCCACCAAUAGUGACUUUAUCGAGGCAUCUGAUAGCAGAUUAUAAUGAUGAGUCCUAUAAUGCAGCAGCAGCAACAGUUACGAAGGGCCAUGGGCUGGGGAGGCAGCCAUCUCUAUGGUUGGACUUGAGUGAUAUGUGGCAAGAGGCCACACAUGUCGUGGGAGGCUUGGUACAACAGGCCAAGGGAUUCCAACUCCCCGAGUCUUGUCGGUAUAACACUUAUCAUGUACCCACACCUAGGGCCAUAUCUUCUCACGCCUAUAUUGAGGUCCUUCCUGAUGAAGAUCCUCAGACUGCCAAAUACGAUCAGAUAUUCCUCUGUCCUUAUGACUCCAUUCCCUCUGACCUCGGGCCCUGGCCUGCUGAGCCCAUCACAAUAGAUGGGUCAGCCUGUAUGGAUCGACAGGAACUGGGUCUAUAUCACAACCAGGAGACUUCCUUGGAAUGCUACUCCCAAAUUACUGAUGAUGUUACUCGAGUCAUGGAUCAACUCGAGAUGCCUGUGUUCUUGGUUUCUGGGUCCCUACUUGGUUGGUACAGACAUAAUCAAAGCCAGAUCCCAUGGGCUGAAGACGCCGAUGUUGGACUCAUGCGCGAUGAUUGUGAUGCCUCGUUCAGACGGUAUGGUGGCGACUUCGACAAUAUCUUGGAUUUACUCAAGGCCAAGAUGGGCCCAGGUUAUCGUAUAGCUGCUCAUCUCCCUGGAAAUGGAACUGAUCUGCCUAGUAACUCCUUUACCGGCUGCAAUACUGAUGUAUUCUACGCCCAGAUAGACUACAAGGGUCACACCUGUCAUGUGGAUGUAUGGGUGCUAUCGCAACAGGAUAAAUGGUCUGCUGAUUUCAACCAGAAGUGCAAGUGUCCAGAUUCGGUGCCUUUCCCUAGAGUCUGCCGUUGGCCUAAUGCUUGCAAUACAGUGUCCGACUUGGUACCAUCUACAUGGUCAACUCAAAGAGGGUCCAUGGGACGGACCAAGCCAAUGAUCUCUCCUGCUUGUUGA